CGCUCAGAUUUUUUUGCGGUUUCGCCAAAAUUUUAGAUCCGUUUUGUCCUUAAAUGGAACAACGUGUUUUAUUUUUCCAACCAAAUUAUGAACGAUGAUGUCGGUGCGCACAUGAAGAAGAGUUAGACUUCCGGGAUAAAGUGACUCGCUCCUCGGCUCAGACGUCAAAAGAGGUCUGGUUGUCCUGCUGCACAGAAGAAUUUCCACCUGCAAUCCUCACCUUCAGCAGCAAGUCUAUACCUCACAAAGCAGUGACAAGUGCGUCAUCAUUGCGCUCCUGGUUUGAUUCCCCUCCAGCCAGGACUUCAUCUGUGAAGAUGAAGUUAAAGGAGGACAUGAACCCCCUGCUACUGCAGGUGUUCCGCUCUGUUGUCUGGGUCUACUCCGUCAUCACCUUCAUACCCUGGUACUUCUUCUCCGGAGCUGGCAAUAAUUUGGAACAGGCCCGGCGUAUGAAGGCGCGCUCGGUGAGCAGACACCCAGCGGGUCCCUACAGGGCCAUCAACAGCCAGGAGAAGCUGGUAGCAUGGCUGCACCCUGGGGUGGACACCCUGGACAAAAUGUUUGAACACGCUGCGAAGAAGUUUCCACAGAGAGACUGUCUGGGCACCAGGGAGACGCUCAGUGAGGAGGACGAGAUCCAGCGUAACGGGAAGAUCUUCAAGAAGGUAAUCCUGGGCAACUAUAACUGGCUAUCGUACGAAGAAGCCUACCAGGCCUCAAAGUGUUUUGGCAGCGGCCUUGCGUCUCUCGGCCAGAGGCCUCUGUGUAAGAUCGCCAUCUUCUGUGAGACCAGAGCCGAGUGGGUGGUGGCAGCACAAGCCUGCUUCAUGUACAAUUUCCCACUUGUGACGCUGUACUCCACCCUGGGACCCACGGCUAUCGCCCACGGCCUGAAUGAGACAGAGGUGACGCAUAUCAUCACAAGCAAAGACCUGCUUCACAGCCGACUUAAGGCCAUAAUGUGUGAUGUGCCGAGGCUGAAGUACGUCAUUGUAGUGGACAGUAAACCCACAAGCUGGCCCGACAUCCCCAGAGGCAUCAUGGUCUACAACAUGGAUGCUGUGAAGGAGAUGGGAUACAAGCCUGACAAUAUGGCCGUCGGGCGCAGACAGCCACAGCCCUCGGACAUCGCUGUCAUCAUGUACACCAGCGGCUCCACAGGCAUUCCCAAGGGUGUCAUGAUCUCCCAUGGCAACAUCAUUGCUGGUAUCAGUGGGAUGGCUGAGAGAAUUCCUAACCUCAAUGAGACAGACACCUACAUUGGCUACCUGCCGUUGGCCCAUGUGUUAGAGCUCAGCGCUGAACUGGUGUGCAUCUCUCAUGGCUGUCGCAUCGGUUUCUCCUCCCCUCAGACUCUGGCCGACCAGUCCACCAAGAUAAAGAAGGGCAGUAAAGGAGAUACCAGUGUGCUGAAACCUACUCUCAUGGCUGCUGUACCAGAGAUCAUGGAUCGGAUCUACAAGAAUGUGAUGACCAAAGUGGAGGAGAUGAGCAAGUUCCAGAGGACGCUCUUUGUGCUCGCUUACAACUACAAGAUGGAGCAGAUCUCCAAAGGCUACACCACGCCUCUCUGUGACAGUCUAGUGUUCAAACGGGUGCGUUCGCUGUUGGGAGGCAACACGCGGGUGCUGCUGUCUGGCGGAGCGCCGCUCUCAGCUGCCACACAGCGCUUCAUGAACAUCUGCCUGUGCUGCCCUGUGGGGCAAGGCUACGGCCUGACGGAGACCUGUGGAGCCGGCACUAUCAGCGAGGUUUGGGACUACAGCACAGGACGGGUUGGUGCUCCACUCAUUUGUUCAGAGUUCACACUUAAGGACUGGCAGGAGGGUGGUUACUUCAGCUCAGAUAAGCCCAACCCCCGGGGAGAGAUCCUGAUCGGCGGGCCCAAUGUAACGAUGGGUUACUACAAAAACGAAGCCAAGAACCGGGAUGACUUCUUCGUGGAUGAGAAGGGCCAGAGGUGGUUCUGCACUGGAGACAUCGGGGAGUUCCACUCGGACGGAUGCCUCAAGAUCAUUGAUCGUAAAAAGGACCUGGUGAAGUUGCAGGCAGGCGAGUACGUGUCUCUUGGGAAAGUGGAGGCUGUUUUGAAGAACUGCUCUCUCAUUGACAACAUCUGUGCCUAUGCCAACAGUGACUACUCGUAUGUGAUCAGCUUUGUGGUACCGAACCACAAGCAGCUAACGGCGCUGGCGGAGCAGAUGCAAUUGCGUGGCACACUGGAGGAGCUCUGCAACAACUCCCAGAUGGAGGCAAAGGUCCUCGGCAUAAUCACUGAAGCUGCCGUCUCAGCCAAACUGGAGCGAUUUGAGAUCCCCCAGAAGAUCCGGCUGAGUUCUGAGCCCUGGACUCCAGAGACCGGCCUGGUGACCGACGCGUUCAAACUGAAACGCAAGGAGAUCAAAUCGCAUUACCUGGAAGACAUUGAGAGAAUGUACGGGGGAAAAUAACACACAGACCCUCUCCGGACCACACACACAAACACAUUUACACAUGUACUUGCACACAUAACCCAAGGAACUCAGAGGCCACUACCAGGACAAACGUGGAGAGGAGCUAUACGUUAGAACAGGUAACACACACACAUUAAAAGAGAGAAAACAGGAGAAUUUACUCUUGAAAACGACUUGAUGCUUUCUGCGACGACCAAUAGGCAAGAAGGUCCCCCACAGACAACGGAACCAGCCAGACGCACACGGUGCAACGCACUCACCACUCCUCUUUGACGGAUUCUUUUUAAUCCCCUCCGAGUUGCCAUGACAACCGAGGCGGCACACAAAGUCUGAUGUCUGCGUGACUCGGAGGGAAAACAAAUGUCAGGCUAGACGAAUCUGGAUCAGUGUCAGCUCGCUCCCAUCCCUCGCCGCCUCCUCCUCUCCUCUCUGCUGCUUCUCCUCCUUCCUCCCCCUUCUCUCUGGAGCCUUCCACCACUUCAGCAUGGUCGUGGACUUGCAGUGCAGACACCUGGCAGAAGAAAUGAAAAGAAGGAUCCCUCCUGGGCUAUGAUUCAUAUUCAGGUUGGAAUGUGUGCAGGGAUCUCGAUCAUCUUAUUUUUUUUAAUAUGUGUUGCUCAUGUUUUCCCUCAUGUUUGGUUCUCAGCUGUGAAACAUGUUCCAUUAGUUGUUUUUGUAUGUGACGAGUCUGUGUUGUGAAGCCAUGAGAGAUUGAGCAAUGAAGUGGUUUUAAAGUACUUUUUUCAUGCUGUUAUUUUAUUGUUUUAUAACGAGUGUUAUUUUAUUUUACCUCUUGUUUUUGUUGACAUUUUCUUUACGCUAAUUUUAUUUUAAAGAGCUUUGUUUGUAAGCUUUCUUUCUCCCUUUAUUUGCUCAUGUCCCAAAGGUUGUACAUUCGAGUGUGUGUUUACUGACUUGACUCCAGUCCUCAACCCCCUCUGAUCUCGCCCUUUUCUGAUUCUGAUCCUUUGGGAUUUUUUCAAAUCAUACUAUUUUGGGCCCAAAUUACAUUUUCUCCAUAUCGGAGCAGCGCCCCCUACUGGAUGCCUCCCAACCUAAGUCUUUUGGGCUAUUCUUUUGGCAUCAUUGAUCCCGUGCAGACCUUCAGGUAUUAACAUCCGUCCUGAGUUACCCAAUCACACGUGGACAGUGUUGAGCACAGGUGGGAAUGUGCCCAAAAUGCAUCCUCAAUAAAUCCUCCGAUCCAAUCACUCACGUUUGCAGGUGUUGGCGGAAGCAUGUGACCUCAUUAUUUUUCGCUGUGUGAAUGCAAUUGCGUCCUGGGCCAGAUGGGAAGGGCCGCCCGGCUCCUACUCAACUGACGUCCUCUGAUAAGCUACAGUCUCACAAUCUAUCAAACAUGUUUUUAUGCUCCUCGGCAUCAACACAUAACUAUUGAUACUUUUCUUGAAUGUUAAAAUCGCUGCAAACACAUCUCGGUCUUUGGUAGCAGAAAUAACAACCGUGUUUUAUUUGCACAUAGAGAAGGGAGAAUUGAUCACAAGAUUCACGUUCAGGACUCAUUUUAAAGUCGGGUGUUAACAGGCGUGUGAUUGGAUCUCUCAGGACGGAUGUGAAUACCAGGUGUGAACAGAGUGAUUGACCAUUGACCCAUAAGUUGUAUUUAUGUCUCUAAUAAGACAUCUCAGCCUACUACCUAAGCAUUUCAUUCCCUUUUUUUUUUUGUGCAACCCUACAUGUUUCCCCUCUUGCCAUAGGUCUAUUAACUUUUGUUACUUUUAUCCCCUUUCUUUUUACUUCUGAAUAUGAUAUAUACAAAAUGAAUGUGCAAUAUUUAUACACAAAAUGUAAAGUGUGAUGGAAGGAUAGUAAUGCACAGACAGCAGCCCCUCCAUAGUGUAUGAAUGUCUAGGCCUGUUACUGUCCACCUCAGUGCAUCAUGGGAAGUCUGUAGGAUACAAAUAAGCCCAGAAAUAUUAAAGGUGAGAACGGUAGAGACACUGAUAAGGAAGUGGAGAUGUAGCCCGUUUGAACGCACCAUGCUGAAAGAUGUGAUAUUCUUUCUCUUUUUUUUUUUUUUUUUUUUUUUACAUGAAACUUGUAAAGAGAACAAUUUUAACUUUUUGGCAUUGUAGAAAUUGCAUGAUUGAAAUGUGUGCAUCCGUACCAAAGCACCUAAAUAUAUAUAUUUGCGAGAGACAGAAGCCGGAGAACGGCGCUCCGAAGGAAUCCCUCACUCCUUUAAUUAAUGGCGAGCAAAUGCCGACUUGACCUCACCGAGUGCAGAUAACGUUUCUCUAUCUCCAGAUUAGUUUAUGUGUAUGAUACCGUACGUGCAAUGUAUAGUAGAUUACAUUUAUUUGAACCCAUGUAUAACGGACACAUUGGUUACUGUCGGUAUUUCAGAUUGAUAGUGAUCCAGCGGCAUCGAUACAAACUUGCUUCCGCAUCUCUUUGUCUUCUGUAGGUUUAUGAACACUAGAUUAAACUGUUCGGUCGCUGGUCAACAUCUUUGUUUCAGCGACUCAAUGCAAACUGAUUUGCUUGCACUGAGGACAAGACAGCAGGACACACUGUAGGUACUCAAAAUAGAACACUCACUAAAAUAUCUACUAGCUUAAGAAACACAAGUUAAUUUUAGCAUGUAGAAGUUUGAAGAUUAUGUUAAUGUAAAUAACAUCUCUCUCCUGGCGUUUCAGUGAAAAGUCAGAUUACUGUGCUGUUUGCUGCUUUAUUCCUCUGCCCGGCCAGAGGCGGCUAGUUGCCUUCAGACACACGUGAGCUAUCUCCAGGUGUUUAUUUGAGAAUGUGAAGCACUCCCUUCGUUCCGUGGAUAGCACACCCGCCGUGUCCCACUAUCUCCACAUCCAUUUGAACUAACGGCGAAGCAAAGACAGCGGUGGUGGGGUGUGAAGAUGAAUUUCACCUCUCCCGUUUUUUUUCAUUUGCUCUGUAAAUAUGUCUCGAGGGGUCGGGGGGAUUGAUGAUCAAACUACCAAUAACUGUACAGGUGUAGAGCCUCCUGUUGACAUAUUUAAUAAUCUUUGUUACUGACAACAGCUUGGAGUCUCCUCCUCAUUCUGUGUGGUGAAGCAGCCCAGCGAGUCGGGCUAUUGCAAGUGUCUCCUUCCUUAUUUAUUUGUGAUUUGGCCUUGGAAAUUAUGUAUGAAAUAAACUAAAAGGUUUGUGUUGUAA